GUUUGGGUCAAAAUGGAUUAGUUUAGUUUGCCCUAAUCAUUUCAUUACCAGCUGUUCCAAACGCACCGCAAAAGGCCGUAACCCUUUUCUUGAUUUGGUCCGUCAACAAAUAGUAGUGAAAACCAGCUUCCUUGCCUUGGGUUUUGACAAAAAUCCCAACGACAACAUUGCAGUUGGCUCCCUUCUCACAACUUGCCCCUGAAUUGCUGCUCUCCGGCGACCCAUCAAGAGAAGGAAACAUGCACGGAAGCACGGGAUACAAUAAUUACCGCCAAAACAACCAGCAGCCGCCGGGUGGAGGAGAGAAGCGAGGUGGAGGUCGUGGGAGGAGGGGACGUCGUAGGUCUCGUGACCUCCAUGGGUUUAGGGAUUCUGAAUUCCAGAAUCACCAAAACACCAGCACCAAAAACGACGAUCAGCAAGAGCAGAAACCCCCUCCCCCUUGUACGGAGUUCGACAAGGCCUACUUUCACUCUUAUGCCCACGUUGGCAUCCAUGAAGAAAUGAUCAAGGAUCGUGUUCGAACUGAAACUUACAAGGCGGCAGUCAUGCAACACCAGAGUUUUAUUGAGGGGAAGGUUGUAAUGGAUGUUGGAUGUGGCACAGGCAUUCUUUCAAUAUUUUGUGCUCAAGCUGGUGCAAAACGGGUUUAUGCAGUGGAUGCCAGUGAUAUUGCAGUGCAGGCCAACGAAGUGGUGAAAGCAAAUAACUUGGCUGAAAGGGUCAUUGUAUUGCAUGGGCGAGUUGAGGAUGUUGAAAUUGAUGAAGAGGUUGAUGUAAUAAUAUCAGAGUGGAUGGGCUACAUGCUGCUUUAUGAGAGCAUGCUGGGAAGUGUUAUUACUGCUAGAGAUCGAUGGCUAAAACGUGGAGGCCUUAUUCUUCCUUGCAAUGCUACGUUGUACAUGGCACCCAUCACACAUCCCGUCAGAUACCAAGACAGCAUUGAAUUUUGGCGCAAUGUCUAUGGAAUUGAUAUGUCUGCAAUGUUGCAAUUAGCAAAACUGUGUGCAUUUGAAGAGCCAUGUGUAGAGACAAUAACAGGGGAGAAUGUUAUGACAUGGCCACAUGUGGUUAAGCAUGUGGACUGCUAUACAAUCCAACUCCAUGAGUUAGAAUCUGUAUCAACAAGAUACAAGUUCCAGUCAAUGAUGCGAGCUCCUCUGCAUGGAUUUGGAUUUUGGUUUGAUGUUGAAUUCAGUGGGCCAGCAAAUUCUCCUACAAAUAAUCCUACCCAACCCUUACUUUUUGGCAUAUCAAAUAAUAAUCCUGUUGAUGGUAUCCCAAGGAAGAAACGUUCCAAUCCCAAUGAAGCACUUGUACUGUCAACAGCACCAGAGGAUCCUCCAACACAUUGGGAACAGACAUUGAUAUACUUUUUUGACCCAAUAGAGGUGGAGCAAGAUCAAAUCAUUGAAGGCUCCCUAACACUAUCUCAAAGCAAAGAAAACCGUCGAUUUAUGAAUAUUCAUCUCGAGUUCACUUCAGGUGGCAGAUCCUAUGUAAAAGAGUCCGUAAUGCGCUGAUGAUAGGUUUGAGGUACUAUCUACUGAAGCUUCACAAACUGAUCAUAUUAGCUCAACUUCUGUGUCU